CUCUCGUCUGUGAGGCAUAUUACCGCUGGAGUUUCCCCGAAGAGCCCGCGGCUCAUGAUAUCUUGGGUCUGUCAAAUGAUUCCGCGUUGGACUAGUAUGUCUGUAGACGCGUCGAUUUUCUGAACCCCGAUAUUUUCAUGAAGCCUGGAGUUUGCCUAAGAAGCAUCCUAGUAGGCUAAUUGCCGAUAUGUAUGAGGUGAGCGGCAACACACAAUUUAACACAGUCACCCGAUUUUUGUGACUGCGUGCACCCACCAUCUCUUCAUGUUUAGUGCUUGUUUUUGACUUUCACCAUACUCCCGAGUCCCGGGCACUGGCCAGUCCAGCCACUAAAUCAAAACGUCGAAUAUCAAUGUUUGAACAACCCUUUUCUCAUUCUCUGAUACUUACCACCCUCUCGAUUUGUUUGACGUCACUGGCUGCAACUGCGGAUGAUUGGAGAACGCGAUCUAUAUACCAGAUUAUCACAGAUAGAUUUGCGCUUGCUGACAAGGACAAUGGCAUCGCUCCCACUGUCCAAUGUGAUACAGCUGCCCGUGACUACUGUGGCGGCUCGUGGAGAGGUGUCAUUGACCACUUGGACUACAUCAAGCAGAUGGGCUUUGAUGCGGUUUGGAUUUCUCCAGUCUACUCCAACAUUGAAGGUAUGACCCCUUAUGGUGCGGGUUAUCAUGGCUACUGGCCUCAGGACAUUUAUACCAUCAAUCAGCAUUUCGGUUCUGCGAACGAUCUAAAGAAUCUGAGCUCCGCUCUGCACGAGCGAGAUAUGUUCCUCAUGAUUGACGUUGUCGUUAACCACAUGGUUACAACACUACCUCUGAACGUCACUGCCUCAACCUUUGAGGCCCCUCAAAAUAGCUCGGCAACGGAUAUAACACCUUUCGCAGAUAUGGAUGACCUGCAUCCACUGUGUUUCAUCGAGGACUACAGUAACCAGACCGAAGUCGAACAAUGUUGGCUGGGCGACGCCACACUACCGUAUGCAGACGUGGAUACAGAGAACCCGAAUGUCGUAGGCACGCUCAACAACUGGAUUCAAGAUGUUGUGUCUAACUUUAGCGUGGAUGGUCUGAGACUCAGCACUGUGAAAUUCGUGUCUUCGCAGUUUUGGCAGGAUUUCACGCGAGAAGCAAGAGUAUUCACUAUCGGAGAGGUCAUGUCGAACGAUACUAAUUACACCAGCAGUUACACUCAGGUCAUGAAUGCGGUGCUUGAUUAUCCAACAUGGUAUGCUCUUGUACCAGCAUUCCAGUCCCCGGAGGGCAAUUUUUCUGCCUUAACCACUGUCGUGACGCAGUCGCAGCAGCUUUAUGCUAGCGGUGCAUUUAUGACUGGUUCCUUUCUAGAAAAUCAUGACCAAGCAAGGUUCAAACAUCUAGUCUCAGACGCUGCCCUUGUGGCUAAUGCAGUAGUUUGGCCUUUCAUACAUGACGGUAUCCCGAUUAUAUAUAAUGGCCAAGAACAGGGUCUUUCCAGAGGUUAUCCGCCAGCAAACCAUGAAGCUAUAUGGAUGACAAGAUACAAGAAUGAAAGUGCAGGGUAUCUUGCUUUCAAGAUCCUGAACCGUGCUCGCAAAAUUGCCAUAGCUGCCAAUACCUACUUUCUGACAACGCCGAUGGAGUUCCUUGAAACCAACACCAAUAACACCCUCGCAAUAUGGAAACCUCCAAUUCUCACCCUUCUUACGAAUGCAGGCUCUACCUCCGCUCGCUGGAAUGUCACGCACAAACUUUUCAGACCGCACCAGCAUAUUGUUGAUGUGUUGACAUGUGACGUUCACGUCACUGAUGAGCGCGGUGGCGUGACUGUGGAGAGUCCCGCGGGGCUGCCAAAGGUAUUCAUGUCAGUCACAACACUGAAGGAUAGUCCUGACUUGUGUCCUGCGAGUGACUCAAGUGGGGAAUUAGUGACUAGGAGGAUCUCAUGGUGGAUGACAGUUUAUGUCAUGAUAUGCGUCCUCUUCCUGUGGAUCGCAUAAGUCGCUUGUGAUCGGUGAAGUCCUCACUACUGUGCUCACUCUGAACAAUUCUAGAAUUCUCUCCAUGGUUGGGCACAACUGUCAACGCGCGUUCAUACCUUCGUCCGAUACAUUGAGUAGCCAAAACUAAUUUUUAUAUUACGUCUUCAGAAGAAUACAAAGCAUACAUGCCCACGUUUCAAUGUCGCCA